GCGAAGCUACCGUCCAAGCAGCGUGUGGAGUGGAACUAAAUGGAAGCUGCUCGGUAACUUUGCCCUCUCUCCGCGGCGCAGACACCGGGAGGGUUGCCUCGGACCCGCCGGCAUCUUGUCCGGGCCUCCGCCUCCAGAGAACCGCCGGGGUUCGGGCCUGACAGCCGCCGGGGCCUCGUCGCCGCGGCCCAGCACGACUCGAGUGAAGUUGUGAGCGAGCUGACAAACUUCUGCUUCCUGCAGCCAUCUCUCCCCGCAGGGCCCGGGGCUCCCGUCGCCGGCCCCCCCGUGGAUGAGGGGGUGAGCCCGGCCUGCAUCGCGCCCAGGAGAAAGGAAUCCCUUUGAUGGGAGAAUCCUCUUUCCUGGCCUCCUGGGUUAAUCGCCGUGCCAUGAUGAUGGAUGAGCAGGAGGCGCUGAAAUCAAUCAUGCAGGACUUGGCCGAACUGCACCGCUCUAGCCGUCCUGCCAUGUUCCUGUCGGACCUGGGCAAACCCAAAGCCUCCUCGCCCAAGAACCAGAACGAUGUCAGAGUGAAGUUCGAAUUCAAAGGGGAGAAGAGGAUUUUGCAGUUUCCUCGCCCUGUUAAGCUGGACGACCUGAGGUCUAAAGCCAAAGUGGCUUUCGGUCAGAUGAUGGACCUUCACUACACCAAUAAUGAGCUGGUGAUUCCACUGACAACUCAGGAUGACCUGGACAAGGCCGUGGAGCUGCUGGAUCGCAGCGUUCACAUGAAGAGCCUGAAGAUCCUCCUAGUGCUGCAGAUGUCCUCUCAGAACUCUUCCUCUAACAUGGACCUCCUGCCGUCGCACGAGGAGCUGGACAACACAGGAAUCAGGGCGUCUGACAAGAAGAGUAUGCUGGCGUUAAUAGGCUCCCAUUCGACGGAUCGCAGCUCUCCUCCUCCAGGAUACAUUCCCGACGCUCUCCAGCAGGUGGCGAGAAAUGGCUCCUUCACCAGCAUCAACAGCGAGGGAGAGUUCAUUCCUGAGAGCAUGGACCAGAUGUUGGACCCACUGUCCAUGAGCAGUCCAGAGAACUCAGCCUCUGGGAGUUGUCCUUCUUUGGACAGCCCACUGGACAGCGACUACCCAAAGUCCAGGAUGCCGAGAGCGCAGAGCUACCCAGACAACCACCAGGACUAUCCAGAGUACGACAUCCCAGUGUUUGAGAAGGUGGGGAAAGGGGGGACGUAUCCUCGGCGAUAUGGCAUUCCCUUUGGCCUGCAAGACUACAGUGAUGGGAGGAAGACCUUCCCCCGGGCUCGGCGAACACAGGUUCACGGCUUCCGCUCGCCGGUCAGCUUUAGUCCAACCGAGCAGUCGCCCAGCACCAGCAGCGGCAGCAGCGUCUUCACACCCGACCUGGAGGAGGCCCCGGGACCCACCAGAAGGCCGCGGAGGGGCAGCGACAUUGAGUCCAAUCUGACGACCGCUCCCACCCUCUCCGUCAUGGACAUCAGUCCACCCAGCCGCUCUCCACGUGCUCCAACCAACUGGAGGCUGGGAAAGCUUCUGGGACAGGGUGCCUUCGGACGGGUUUUCCUCUGUUAUGAUGCGGAUACCGGACGGGAAUUGGCAGUCAAACAAGUCCAGUUUGACCCGGAGAGUCCGGAGACCAGCAAGGAGGUGAGCGCGCUGGAGUGUGAAAUCCAGCUUCUGAAGAACUUGUGCCAUGAGCGGAUUGUUCAGUACUACGGCUGCCUGCGAGACACGAUGGAGCGAACGCUCUCCAUUUUCAUGGAGUACAUGCCUGGCGGCUCCAUUAAGGACCAGUUGAAAUCGUACGGAGCACUGACGGAAAAUGUGACACGCCGCUACACCCGGCAGAUCCUGGAAGGCGUUUCCUACCUGCACAGCAACAUGAUCGUCCACAGGGACAUCAAAGGAGCAAAUAUCCUUCGUGACUCUGUGGGUAACGUGAAGCUGGGAGACUUUGGGGCUAGCCGGCGGCUACAGACCAUCUGUCUGUCAGGGACAGGCAUCAAGUCAGUGACAGGCACCCCCUAUUGGAUGAGCCCGGAAGUGAUCAGUGGAGAGGGCUACGGCAGGAAGGCUGACAUCUGGAGUGUCGGCUGCACUGUCGUGGAGAUGCUGACCCAGCGACCCCCAUGGGCAGAGUUUGAGGCCAUGGCCGCCAUCUUUAAGAUUGCCACCCAGCCGACAAACCCGGUUCUCCCCGCCCACGUGUCGGACCACUGCCGGGAGUUUCUCAAACGGAUCUUUGUAGAGACCAAGCAGCGCCCGUCUGCUGAUGAGCUAUUGAGGCACAUCUUUGUACAUUAACCCAACCCCCUGAACCUUUAAUCCCCCGCCCACCUGCCGAACUGCCAGACACGGCCUUACCUGAUGGGGUGUCCCUACCUCUGACCCCAUUCCCUCCAUCUCCAAGCUGAAACCACAUUGGACCAGGAAGAACCGGCUGGAAGAAGGUGGGGUUGCGCAGGCGGAGGGUGGUACCUACCUUAUCCUCCUGUCUCUGUUUGUAUGAGACUGCCAUUGAGGACAUGAAUUUUUU